CCGCCAAUCAGGAUCAGCGUAUCCGCCGACACGGCACCUCCGGCUCACCACCAAAAACUUGCGUCACCAGCAGAACUUCAAAGAAGCAUCGGAGAAUUCACGCAGCGCCGCCUCUCCGCCCGGCCGAUUCUUACAAAAGCCCGCCGCAUCCCAUACACCUACGAAUCCUACACAUAUAUACACACAAACAAACACACAGCAUGGACUACGUGCAGCAGCGAGUAGCCGAAGAAGCGGCCCGUCUCGGCGCCAGCGACUCUCUCUUCACCCCCCUCAACGUCAUCCUCUUCAGUGCCGUCGCCUACGCCGCCUACGCCUUCCUCAAGACCCCCGAGCCCGCGACCCUACCUAAGCCCCCUCCUCCCGUUGUCUUCAAAACAUACACCCCGCGCACGCUGCUCCCGCUCAACGGCGAAAACGACUCCCCCGUGCUGCUCGCUGUUCGCGGCCGCGUCUUUGACGUCACGCCCGGCCGCAACUUUUACGGCCCGGGCGGUCCCUAUGCCAACUUUGCCGGUCGGGAUGCUAGCCGUGGUCUCUCGCACGGCAGCUUCGAUGAGGAUAUGCUGACAAAGGAUCUGGAUGGGCCUUUGGAUACGCUGGCGGAUUUGACGCCCGAUCAGGUCGAGGCGCUGGAUGGUUGGGAGUCGAGGUUUUUGGAAAAGUACGAGGUUAUUGGCAAGUUGGUGUCGGUGGAGGAGUAUAACAAGAUUAAGCAGGAGAAGGCUUAACUGCGAGGUGUUGAAGAAUAAUGGAAAUAUAAGAAUGUCAAAAUUACAGCUGUCAUGAAUACAGAAAGUGUACAAUGGAAUCAGUAGCCUUGUGCACCACUGCCUGCUUCAUCCGCGCAGGCAUCUCUCGUUGUGAUAACAAAGUACGUGCUAUCAAUUACACUUGGCGCAGCCUUCCGGAAUGGCGCAAUAGACCCCGAAUCCAGCUGACCGCUAUGCGCCCGCUGCUGUGUGCCUCUUAGCAAGUUUGAGGCUCACACUGUAUACUUGGUGACGCCGGCUGUAGCCUCCCUCUGCUGGCGGCGCGCGCAACCAUCUCAUUCCUUCUACUUUGUAAUAAAGCAAAGGGAGACACGUCUGCAUCUUAAAUGACAACUGACAACAAGGCCAAAAGUCCCGUGACGCUGCGACACGACUCGGUAC